CGUCGCACGCAACCAUUGGUUGAUGCGUGCGACGUCUAAGCAACCCAUGGCUUGAGUGAGGUCAGCAGAGGGAGGAUGUAGUCAAAGGGGAGAGCAUCUACAUAUAUUUGCUUAAUUAUUUGCCUGUUUUUUUUGUCUCAAUUUGUCACCCUUUUUGCAUUUAGAAUUGAUUCUGAUGUGAAUUUCCUACCCACAGGCAGGAACACAACUAUUCAGUGGCAAGACAUCGUGGAUGAGGACAGAUUCAAACAUGAGCUGCAUCAAUCUUCCAAACAUCCUCACAGAACGUCUUCCCUGGUUAACCUGGAGUCCUACACCAAGAGCUGCAUGUGCACAACCCACGAGAACAUGAAGAUACUGCAAGCUGUUCUUACGUCAUGUCUCAGAAGGUGAAAGAUCCAGAGCGGUUGGUGGGGGAGAUAGCCUUCCAGCUGGAUCGAAGGAUCCUGUCCUAUGUAUUCCAGGGCCAGAACAGACUCUAUGGGUUCACUGUGCUCAAUAUACGAGACAAGAUCAUUCAGGGGUCCACACACCCUCUGACGGGGAAGGUGGACGAGGGCUACAGGCUCCAGCUGUCCCAGCGUCACGCUGAGCUGAUGGCCAAGCUGAAGCAGCUAGGCUAUAGUAUGACUCUCCACCCCCUCCUCACAGAGUUCAUCAUCAACACCUACGGCAUCCUGAAGCAGAGGGCUGACUCCUACAGCGCCAGGAGCUGGAUCAAACAGGUGAUCAUGUAGCUCACAUGUAGUCCUUCAGGGUACCACCUCGGCUGUGAUGUCAGAGCUCACCUUUCCUGCCAUCAGGUUGGAGGUGUCAGACAAUUACUGUAAAGGCUGCACUGCACGCUUCAGGAGGAGUUUCAUCCCUGCGCGGGGGUUAUCACCAUGAAUCAUUACCGAAU